AUGGGGUGUGCCAUCUUGUGCCUUGUACCGUUACGCGAUCUCCCGGAUGAAGAAGACAAGAAAUCGCCCGUUCUACUCUUAGGCGUCAACAAGAUAUCUGACUCCCCGUCGUUUAUCCGCCGGCGAUCUAUUGAGCCCCAUAGUUCUGGGUCCAUACGUUUUUUUAGACCCCCAAAAUCUAAAUAUAUAAGAGGUCUCCAUGGCGAUGAAAGAUUGGAAAAGAUCAGACAAGAUCUCCUAGUACACAAAAGUAAGCCUGACAGGUACAUUCCCAACGAUCAUGAAGUUUCUUUGGAGCCUGAAGAGGUAUGUUCAAAAUUAAAUUGUGUUGGAAGCUGUAUUUGUGACAGAAAACAUAGCUCGACUAGGGGAUCCUUCUCUUUUCAGCGGUCGGAACCCUUGACGAAUAGAGAGGAAGAAGCAAAAGACUUUUCUGAAAACGAAAUUGAGUUUAAAUACACAGAACACAUUCCUCAUCCUCAACCCUCCAGUAGUAAACAAAGUUAUAAUAUUACUCCGAAAUCGACUGAACGCAGGCAUUUUUUACUAUCAAAUCUCAAUGAAAGAUUCCGGAAAACAUUGAGCUUAGAUUCUCGAAAAAUAGAAACUAAUCGUGUUCCACUAAGCCUCCCAAAAGAACCCAGGCCUAAAUCUUUAGUGAACACAAGCAAUAUUUGUGUGCAAUAUAAAUCAGGCGAUCCAUUCGUCGCUACAAAUUGUAACAAAGCUAGUCAACCAAAGAAGAAACGGAAGUCUUUUUUCUCGCUUGAAACAUUUUUUGACUCCAAAAAGUCUGAUACUUCGUCAAUAGACGAUUAUUGCUCAUCUAAAUAUAAGCGUUUUGAGCUCGAAAGUGAUGAAUCACCUCUAUUUAAGAGAGAAAAUAAAGAAGAAAAGACACCGGACCUCCUAAAUUUACCUGUUAUCAUAGAUUCAGUUAGGAAAAAGCAAUCCGAUACUAGAAGACAAUUGGAAAAGUUAGAAAAUCAUUAUUAUAAGAAUAUUCAUAAACCUCAAACAGUUAUAGACGCCGUCCCUAAAGACGCUACUGACGUACAAGGAACGAGCGGACAUACCAACCAUUUAUACUUUGAUGAAGACGUUGAAUACAUAGAGCCAAUAAGAAGUACAUUCACCAGUCAAAGCACAUUGAUACUUGACAAAAAAUCCACUGAGGAUCUGAAACCUGAUUCGAUUUUGACCAUCAACACUGAUGAAACUGAUAUUCGUCUACCAAGUUCCACUGUGUCCCCUAAAUCGAAUGUCGAAGACUUUGACAGCAUAGGAGCGUAUGAAAUCGAAGUAAAGGAGUCAGAUCUGGUUAAGGCUGCGAAAGAAUUGACAGUCAAGGUGAUGGAUAAAUCAGUUGAUUCAAUCGGCAGUUGUUCGCUAGAUGUCGACGCGAGCACAGACUUUUCAGUUCUAACAAGAUCGGUCAUUGCCGUCAUAUUGCUUAUGAAAACGCACCUACCUAAACGACUCACCUCAGAAAAACUAUUUCGCAAAAUUUUAACAACAGUCUUUGAACGACUUGUGAGUCCAGAACUCGCCGACCGUGAAACGGAACGGUACGGACUGGCCGCAAACGGUUUAUGUGUGAUAAUAACUUACGAUACCACAUCGGGGAGUCUCAACCUCCUCACACCAUCCUCCACGACCAGUCGCAUUCGGGACUUCACAGCACGCAUCCAAGAACGGGCUGCCUCUAAUCUUCAGCCUAACUACUUGGCCAGUCCAACUCCAGUAGCAACGCCAGUUCGAACCCCGGAGGACAGCACACCAACACCAAGAAAACCUUCCGAGAAUCUCUUAAAACCACCUCCCAAAGUCCAUAUUGACACGUCCAGUCAUAGAUCCAGGGGUCAUCACAAAAAACGAGACGAUCUUUCCCAUAAGAAACCCAGUUACUUAAACUUAGCCUGCUCGGUAAAUGGUUAUACCAACCUUACCACAUAUGACUCCAAACUGAGACAAGACAUAAAUAAAAGUAGGGAAGCGUCCCCUAUUAGGCCUAUAACACAUACGUACCAGUACAGAAGCGAAAACAAUUCUUUGUUGGUCCCAGUACCAGUCAGUGCCAAUAAACUGAUCGUCCCAACAUUCGGGCCUCAUGAUACUCGCGCUGAUUUGACACAAAAAGCGCCUACCAAGGCGCAUACAGACCCUUAUCUGGCCACUUCACCCUUUAAUGUAUAUAUGGCGGCGGAAAACAAACAACUGAAGAACGACUUCCUUGGCAACAUGACGACCACAAGCCGUCCAUACAUUUCUAGUGAGAGUAAAACUUUCGCCACCUCCAUGCUCCAUAAGACCGAUGAGGUAGACAAUUCCAAAGAGAUCACCUUUAAAUCGAGUUACUCAGAGACGAAUUUUAGAAAAACUGUCACAUCGAAUGGUAAAGAAAGCAGAUUCAGUUCUGAAUCUUAUACUAUUUCCUCAAAUGGGGUCUCGAAAAGGGUUGAGAUAACGAAAGAAAAUGGAGAGAAACUCACCAGUCCUAUGAAGAGCUUUAUCCAGCAAAGGGUGGAACGGUUAUACGGUCCUGGAGCUUUAGCGCAAGGUUUCUUUAACCAGAAACGUCAUAAGUUUAAGAGUUCCAGUGAGGAUGAUGAGCCGAAAGUAUUGACGGAGAAAUCUCUGAACACUCCUGAAAGGAUCCCUCGUAAAGUGGAAGAAAUUGAGAAGGGUUAUACUAGUCCUAAUGGAGAAACGGCUGACGUUUCUCUACCAGUUCUUAGGCAUUUACGGCCUGAAUUUCGAGCACAGCUGACUAUUCUAUCGCCAAAGAAGAGUGUAAAGAGUGAUCUAUCACCCCAGAAGGUGGAACAAGACAUUCCUGUAGUGGAGAAGACUGAAGUGGUUGUUGAUAGUGAUGUGUCUGUUACAAAUGGUGUUUCUGUGAUAAAAUUAGACAGUGAUGACAGUCAAGAGCCUGUGGUUAGUGUUAACGGUGCUCAGAAUGGUGUAAAGGAAGAAGUGAAAGAUGGACAUUAUUUCCUGGAUGUAGAGAAGAAGGAGACAGAGAGGUUGUUGGCGUUAUCAGCUACUGCUGAAAAGGAAUUGGAAGACUUACAAAACCGAGAAGAUGUUAGCGAGGAGAUCCUGGGCCUUCUGCGCGCUGCUUCUGGCAAAGCGAGACUUCUGGCCACGCAGAAGAUGCAGCAAUUUGAAGGUCUUUGUUACAACAACAUCAACGAGCGACUUGACGAACCGUUCCCGACCACUCUGGAAGACCUGCAAGGCUUCUGGGAUAUGGUCUGCCUCCAGGUCAACAACGUAAACGCUUUGUACCAACACAUAGCUGAGCUGAAGGCUAACAAUUGGCAAGAGCUGGCCGCCCCGGUGCAGCCCGCCCCCGCCCCCGCCCCCGGCCCGCCCUUGGCCCGGCCCCGGCCCCGCGCCGCUCCGCAGCUCAAGAACGAGAAGGCGCGACUGGCCGCUGAGAAGCGAGAGGCCGACAGGAAAGCUAUGCUCGACCAUCGGAGACGCGUGGCGCGCGAGCGACAGCUGGCGGCUCGCGCCGGGACCAGCGCUCUCGAGCACAGCGACAUGGGCAUCGAGGGGAGCCAGGAGGUGGAAAUCUUCGUGGGCAAGAACGCCAAGCCGUCUAAAGUCGCGCCGAAAGGUGAUUGUAAGAGUGCCGCGGAUUCGUACGAUUCUUUUAACGAAGAGAGCUGA